AUGGGGAAAGAUUUGAUAAUGGUGAAACUUGAUUGGGGAAAGAUUUCUUUUGGUGAUAUACUGAAAUGGACUGUAGGAGGUUUCACAAACUUGGCAAUCGUCGAAGAUGGCCGAUGUCUGGCCAACAAGGUGGGGUUUAAGGUGAUGGUGAAGUUCUUUAGGACUAAGGCUCUGAUAUGGCUGGUGCUUCCUGGCUUAUUGAUCUCCUUAUGCAUAUCACAUAUCAAACAAGUUGAAAACGACAUCGACUUGAUCACCAAUAAGUCCCAUCAAGAAAUAUGGUCAGUCGUAGAAAAUGCAACUAACGCGGUAUUGCUUCCAAGGAGUUCAUCAGCAACCAAUUUAGCCAAAAUUGUGGCCCAUUCUCUUGGUAAAACAGACAUCACAUUAGAUAACAUCAAAGCUAAGAUGGCUCCUUUACUCUUCCAAGCUCUUUUAACGAUCCCACACGUGUCACAGAUAUCAUAUAUCGGAAAAGAUGGCCUGUUCUUUGCAUUAUACACUCAACUGACUCAAGAUUCUGAUACAGGAAAGUUAUAUGGAGAAUCAGUUGUGUUUAGUCCUCAGGUUUUGGUUAAUGAAAGUUGGUUACAACAAGCCAUGAAAUCUACAAACGGAUAUGCUUCAUUAGGGAAUUCAUGGAAUGAUGUCAAUAACCUUCUGGUCCUAAAUACAUCCCGUGUGAGUGAAAAUGGAGUUAUCUCACUUGGGUUUGAGCUCAAAUCGUUAAUGGAUGUGUUUUCUGGUAUUAAACCUUCCGGUGGAGGCUUGUAUUUGGCUACAAAAGACGGAAAGAUACUAAGUGACGAGGUUCCUAACACUCGCAUCUUUCUUGAUGGAAAUACUACAAUAUCUAUCAAGAUACAAACAGAAAAUGGAUAUCGAGUUGGUAAUGAUCAUAAAAUAUCAUUACAACUCAAUUAUGAGGUUGCAAAAUCAUAUAUUGUAGACAUUUUAGGAACAAAGUAUAUCUUAUACUCUUCCCCUCUCAACCUCACUAGAACACAAUCGGUAUUUGUAUUGGCAUUACCAUAUGGAGUACAAAACAGGAUGCAUCAUAAUAUCAUGUUUGUGUUCAUUCUUGUAUUGGUAACAUUUAUUAUGACCAUCGUCUCUAUCUUCAGUUUCGUUGUGCUUAUGGUGAGAAAAGCAAGCACAGAAAUGUGCUUAAGAGCUUUCCUUAUUAAACAAAAGGAAGCAACACAACAAGCAGAAAGAAAAAGCAAGAAUCAAAAUCUUGCAUUUGUUUCUGCAAGCCAUGACAUUCGUGCUUCACUAGCAGGCUUUGAUGGAUUGAUAGAGAUGUCAAUCAACGACGUUUGUCAAGGAUCAGAGUUAGCCAAAAACUUUAGACUUAUGCAAGAAUGUUCCAAUCAUCUUCAGAGUAUAUUGAACUCUAUUCUUGACACAAGUAAAAUAGAAGCCGGAAUGAUACAGAUGGAAGAAAACCCAUUCGAUAUAGUAGAAUUAGUCGAGGGUGUAGUUGACUUGUUCUAUCCGGUAGGUCUGAAUAAGGAAGUGGAUGUGAUAUUGGAUCUCCAAGAUGGUUCGUUGACCAAGUUUUCUCAAGUUAUAGGUGACGAACGCAGGCUUAGACAUAUAUUAUCUAACUUGUUAAGCAAUGCCAUCAAAUUUACCUCAGAUGGCUAUGUCUCAGUUCGAGCUCGUGCCAUGAAACAUCAACUACAAAGCCCAACAUUUAAUUCUAAUCAUGAUCAGUCCACAACAUACCUAUCAAGAUUCUUUUACAAAACCAGUGAAAAGUGUGCUAACUUAGAAGGAAUAGAUGAAGAUCAUCGUGAUCAUAAUUGGAUGGAAUUUGUAUUUGAAAUAAAUGAUACUGGAAAGGGUAUUCCAAAAGAGAAACAAGGUUCAGUUUUUGAACAAUAUGUUCAGGUUAAAGAAAUGGCUCAUAAAGUUGAAGGCACUGGAUUAGGACUCGCGAUUGUCCAAUCUCUGGUACGCUUGAUGGGAGGAGAGAUAAGCAUAGUUGACAAGGUCUGUGAAAGGGGGACCUGUUUCAGAUUUAAUGUUGUGUUUAAGGUUUCUCGUUCGAAUCUAUGUAGCAAUAGUGAAGAUGAAAAGACACCAUCUCUUGGCAACUUGUCACCGGUGUCAAACACUCCUUUCUGUAGUCCCAUACGUCAAGAUUCCAGUUCUUCUACAGUUCUUUUCAUUAGCAGUGACGCAAGACGAAGAAUGACACAAAGGUUUCUACGAGCCCAAGGGAUUAACGUGUUAGCAGUGAAAAACAUACAACUACUUUCAGAAACUCUCAGGGGAUUCAGACAAGAACAGAAUAGCAUAUGCUCUUUAAGACCCGGUCUAAACUUAAGUUCUGGGUAUCUGACACGUUCCACAUCUAGAGAUUCGAGCCCAAGGAAUGUUCCUUUAAGUGCAUUGGAUGGGACUGAUGUGUCACCGGCCAGAAGGACUAAUCGGCCAACUGUUUCAGGAUCCAGGUGCAUGAAAGUCCAUGGUUUGGACGAGAAGCAACUCCCACCAUCGGAUAUCAUCUUACCCAUGCCACUUCAUGGGUCACGUUUAUACUCAUUGAUCGAUCUUCUCCCAGAACUUGGAAGUGUGAUCUCAUGCACACCACCCCAGGGGAAUCGGCGUAAGCCAAGAAGACAAGAUGAAAUACAAGAAAUCUCUAGGAUUUCGCCAAGUAGUAGUAGUCCUUUGAGAGGAAAAAAAGUGUUGCUGGUUGAGGAUGACAAAUUGCAACUGAUGAUAGCUAAGAAGAGUCUUUUGAAGCAUGGUAUGGUAAUUGACACAUGCACAAAUGGGAAAGAAGCAUUGAUUUUGGUCUCCAAGAGCUUAAAUGAUCAAAGAGAUCUUGGUGCUUCAUAUGUUCUACCUUAUGACUAUAUCUUCAUGGAUUGUCAGAUGCCAGUGAUGGAUGGUUGUGAAGCAACAAGGCAGAUAAGACUACUGGAGAAAGAUUAUGGUGUCUACAUCCCUAUCAUUGGGUUAACAGCUCAUGCAGAAGGUGAAGAAUUAAACACAUUUUUUGCAGCAGGAACCGAUAUGCACAUAUCCAAACCAUUAAACGAGCACAAGAUACAGGAAGUGGUUAAAGAUCUCCACAGCCAAUAA